UCUUUAUUCAGCAGGAAGGAUGAAGAUCAGAGGUGGUAAAGAGUCUAAGUAUGGGGUCGGAGAAGAUCAUCACCCAACAGAUGACACAAAUCGAUUUUUUGCCAAGGGGCGGGACUACGAAAGUCGCUUUGUCAACCAUCAAUAUACGGCCCAGGAGCGGGAGAUCUUAUCAGCAUAUGAGAGUCUGGACUACCUUCCACCACACAGUCAUGUCUAUAAGAAUUGGCUCAAGCAACAACCAGCUAGACUUGAUUGGGAUCGAUGGGUGAUGAUGGGUCUGAUCGGGUUCACCACGGGCAUUGUGGGAUUCCUCCUUCAUCAGAUGAUAGAUCUUAUAUCAGACUUCAAAUGGGACAGGACAGAAAAAUAUCUACAGGAGAGAAGUAUGGGAAUAGCUUGGCUUUUCUUAACUGGAGUCAGUUUGGCUAUUGUCUUGGCUGGCACUAGUAUUGUUGUGUACUUGCGACCUUCUGCUGCUGGUUCUGGGAUGCCUGAACUGAUUGGGUUCCUGAACGGGACCAAGGUACGUCACAUUUUCAACGUGAAGACCCUGGUGGUGAAGUUCUUCUCUUGUAUCUGUGCCGUUAGCAGCGGACUACCAGUAGGACCAGAAGGUCCUAUGAUCCAUAUGGGAUCCCUGAUUGGUGCAGGAGUGAGUCAGUUCAAAUCAGAGACUAUGAAAUUUGCCCUGCCAUUAUUUGAAAGAUUUAGAAACCCAGAAGAUAGACGAAAUUUCAUAUCAGCUGGAGCGGCAGCUGGGGUAGCGUCGGCCUUUGGAGCUCCUGUGGGGGGACUCUUGUUCGCUAUGGAAGAGGUCUCAUCGUUUUGGAGUAUGAAAUUAUCAUGGCAGGUGUUUUUCUGUUGCAUGGUAUCAACAGUUACAACCGACCUCUUCAACUCGGCUUUCUCAGCGUUCAGAUACCAAGGAAACUUUGGGCUUUUCAAGGCAGAGAAAUACAUCAUGUUUCAGGUCAGAGAAGGCAUCGAUGUCAACAUCAUCAUGUUUAUCCCGACGGUCAUCAUCGGAAUCAUCGGCGGUGUCCUGGGAAGCCUGUUUGUCUUCAGUAACCUCAAGCUUGCUAGACUCAGACGACGCAUGAUCGCUUUGACAAGGUUACCAUGGCAACAGAAACUCAUGAGACUGUCGGAACCCUGCAUUAUUAUAAUUUUAGUGGCCACAGGCACUGUUUUUCUACCAGCGGCCUUCAAGUGUUCACCCUACACAUGCUAUUAUGAAGGAGAAAACAAACCGCCAACUGGGUAUAGUCCUAGAUGUUUAGAUGAACAAGCUUCUACAGGGGAAUCAGUCAGCAUGUAUACAUGUGAGCCAGGCGUGGUUCAAUACAACUCCAAUGGCACCUUAGCAUUCAGUAACAAGACUUUCAAUCAAGUUGCUACCCUCCUAUUUGUGACCGGUGAAGAAGCCAUCCAUCACCUCUUCUCUCGUGACACCCACUGGGAGUUCACCUACGGUGCUCUUUUCACCGUCCUUGCAUUCUACUUCAUCAUGGCUUGCUGGUCGUGUGGACCUUCCAUCUCGGCUGGUCUGGUGGUUCCCAUGCUGUAUAUAGGUGGUCUGUAUGGCCGGCUGAUUGGACUGACGAUGGUGUCAAUGUUUGGCGUCCAGACCGGUGAAUACUGGGCGUGGAUGGAUCCUGGAGCGUUUGCUCUGAUUGGUGCAGCAUCCUUCUUUGGGGGCGUGUCUAGGUUGACCAUGUCUCUCACUGUCAUUAUGAUGGAGAUCACCAAUGACAUCCAGUUCUUGCUACCGAUCAUGGUAGCCAUCAUGGUAGCCAAGUGGGUCGGAGACUACCUGACCCAUCCCCUAUACCAUGCCCUUCUAGAGGUCAAGUGUAUCCCUUUCCUGGAUGAGGAACCGGUCAUCAUGCAUCAAGGAAAAAAUGUGAACUUGGAGUUAUAUCAAGCUAAACACGCAAUGACAUCACCGGUGCGAACGCUUCAUCCCAGAGUGUCCGUUGAGGAAGUUGCGAAGCUUCUAAUAGAGACGGGACAUGGAGGGUAUCCCGUUAUCAAGGGAGGGGAUGAUCCUAGCAACAAAAACCAGUUCCGGGGUAUCAUCACCAGAAUUGAGCUUCAGGUUAUCUUGCUGAAUGAAGAUCUCUUUCAAGGACCAAAUGAUACCCUUGACCAAGAUAACCCGGAAGUGAAUCCAUUAGAUUACCAGAAGUUACGAUUAGAUCAUUUGAAGGAUAAACAGUCAGCUUACAGCUUAUUCCAAUCAUAUGUGGAGGAUGAGAGAUAUCAACACAUGUUCAUCAAUUUGACACCUUAUGUGAACCAAUCAGCUCCAUGCAUCCCAGACUACUUCUCCCUCCAUCGGACCUACAUCAUAUUCCGUACCCUUGGUCUCAGACAUCUCACCGUGGUUGACGCCCAGAACCAGGUCUUGGGCAUCAUCACAAGAAAGGAUCUCAUGGGUUUCAGGAUGGAGGAGAAGCUUGACGCAGUUCUUCAUCCGUCGUCGGUGACACUCAACAAUGGCUUGUCCUCGCAGGAAAACUCCAAUGUAGAGCUUUCAGAUAAUUUUGAAGAAUGGGACUAUUUGGAUGCCACCAUCGGAACGUGACCUUGGGCUUGAGGUGCUAAAGAAGGUGCUUAACACGUUAAAUUAGUCUACAAUAUCAGUAUGUCUAACACCAUGAUGCCAAAGUUUGCGUUAAGUAUAAACUCAGUCAUUCCAAGACAAUGCAUAAGUGCAUUCUUUGAAAGGCCGCUGAACACUUGUAAUGGAUAUGAUUACAUGUAUAGGCAAAACACAAGGCAAAUAUGUGUAUGUAACCAGCCACCCCCAAACCAACAAUAAGUCACCAGGGAACGUUCUCUGUAAAUAGCUAAAACAAUAAUUUGGUCUUCAAAAAGUAAAAAUUAGAAAAAAAGCUUAUCUGAAAGAAUAACUUUUCUUCAUACUGUCAAAAUUUGAAGAUGUAAAGUUAAAUUUUAUGUCAAAAUCUAUAACAAAAUUGGACAUAUGUUAGAAAAAAAGGAAAAUUAUUUUGCUCAUUUGCUUCACUUGGUUGCAGCAUUUUAGAAAUGUUUACCCCAGACACCAUGUCUGGUCCAAUUUUUAGCUCAUUACUCUACUGAAUACAAUAAUGGCCAACGGUAGCAUAGUUAAUGACUUCAUGAUAUGUAGCCCAGAUCAUUUUCAACUUAGUGCUUUAGACAUGCUCUUAUGUUUGAUAAAUAAAAUGCCUCACCCAGAGAGAAAAAAAGAUAUAUUUUAUGAAAUAUAUUCCUGAAUUGAUAGAAUGAUAUGACUAUGAGGAUGAUGUAAUAAAUUCAGACUUCAAAUAUUCAAAAGAUUAGUAGUAUGGGUGGAUCCUCUAUGUAGUUUAAUCAUGUAGUGAGUAUCUUGCCAUAGGCCCAUGUACUUUAGAGACAGACUUUAUAUAAGACAUUUUUAAACAAAAUAAUUCAACAUACUUGUGAUUUCUAUCAAGAAAUUAUGAAAGCUGUUUGAAUUAUGAUGGCUCUGUAUUGAACAGGAAUGCUGCUAAGCAUCAUGUCAUUAUUUUGAUUCCUGUGAAAAAUCUGUGGUAUGGUUGUUACAAACAGUAAUAGGAAACUGUUUAUCAUUCUAGUAGGCUUUCAUUGUAAGACUACAUGAACACAAUGUUGCAUCCUGGGUAAUGCAUCAGGAACUAUGUGGGUAGAUAAGGAAUUGAGCUGAUAAUGUUAAAAGUGACCGUGACAGAUGAGAUGGCCUUAAUAUAUAAAAAAUUAUAAUUAUAUGUAAACUAGAAUAUCAGAACAUAUGGAUCUUAAACAAACCAUUGCUAACUACCGUAAAUGUCUGAUAUUUGUUUUCCCUUUUUGUCUAGUAUUUCUAUAAAGACAUAAUUUUCAAUAUUGAAUUGAAUUUAUUUUCAUACUUCACAAGAUAACAAAAUAAUAACGAUACAAGAAAUACAUUUGAUCACAUACAAAAUAUAAAAGAUAAUUGUAGUAAAUAAAAGUGAAAUAUGAAGGAACCUGCAUAAAAAGCAGAGCUUGUAAUGUCUGCAGGUUCCUUAUAGAAGAUUAUGAAUUGCUCUCGUUAUAUACUCGGUAAAAUCACUUAAUACUUGUGUAUUGUUAUUAAUAUAAUACGUUGUAAUAGUAUAUUAAUAAUAUUGUUAUGUAUGAGGCACUUAAGGCAUAAUAUAUCCAAGUGCUUAUGUAUCAUUAAUGAUUAGGCCUACAGCAAAUAGACAGAUUGUGCAAUCCAUAUUUGUAUGUUUUGUUGUUUUUUUGUUAGAAAUGCGGGACAUUUCUGGAUAUGUGCGAUAUUUUGUUGAGUAUAAGAUGUAUUAACAUUCUAAAAUGUUUCUGUAACAGUUUUCAACACAUGAAUACAUUUGAUUUGAAAUCAUAUGCAUCAUUAAUUUAAAAAAAAUGUCUUCAUUGCCAAACUGAUAUGGAAAGUCCCUAGUGGAGAACACACCCCCAUCAGAACUUUUGUUGUCAAAUUAUACAUUCUAUUAAAUAUGAGCAGCGAUCAUUUCUGUCAUGUAGGCAAUAUUAGUAUUUUUGCUAUUUUUUUCAUCAAAUUCAUAUUCAUUCAAGUGUUUCGAAAUGCACACUAUGAGUGUAAAAGUGUUCAAAAGUGUUUCAUAUCAUAUACAGCCUGAAUAUUCCAAUCAUUUAACUGCAGGGGACGUGAACAUUGUUUGGUUCAAGUGAAUAAUAUAAGGUGAGCUCCCGCAAUGUUUGUAUCUUUUAAAGAGAAACAAAAAGGUUCAUAAGUAUUGUGUAUGUCAUUACUAACUAUUUCAUUGUGCUGUCACUAAUACUGUCUGAAUUGAAAUUAAACGAAGAUAAUUUUA